AUGGCUCACAAAUGGCAUUUCCUCUCGCAAUUGAUCUUCCUUUACGCAUUAGUUCUGGCUUUAAAUGCUGCAAAAGAUGUUCAUUAUACUCAUUUCUUCAAAACGAAAGACUCAUCUAGAGACAAAAGCUCCGAAGGAAAGCAUAUCACAAAUGAUUCCAACACAUUCUUAAACUUUCGUUCGAAGUAUAACAUACUCGACACAGACCGCGAACGACAAAUUCAAAUGGACAUUGGUUCUGCUAAUCCUCACCGUGAAAAGCUUAUUCCUCUUAUGGAUCAAAGGGUUAAAAACGAAGAGCAUGUCAAUAAUGCUAUGAUUGCUGGGGUACUGCUCCGUAAAACCAACUAUGCGCAUGGUCAAUCACUGCUAAUGUACGCGAAUCAAGAACGCUUAAAGGCUCAAGCAACUCAACGUCAAAUGAAUGAGAUUCAAUCUAAAGGUCAGAACAAAUCUCACUUAGAGAAUACAAAGAAAACUAAGCAGACUGAACCUGAUAAAGACGGUGGGAUCUCUGCGAAUGUAGGUCAAUCAAGCAAGAGAAAAUUUAAUGAAGUCAUGCGCUCGCGUCGUCGUGAGCAUAUGAUGAGGCAAGAAAGGAAUGUUCAACCACGUCUAAAUCAAAAUUAG